GCCAAUCAGAUGCAAAGUAAGGCAGAAUGGGGCGGGACAUGUCAUCGGAGGAAAUACUCAUAGACAGUUAAAGAAAUACUCCGUUUACGAUUCUGUUUGGAUUUUGUUGUGUGGGUCUUGUAGCUUCAAGAAUGGAUAACAUUUUGGAAGUGGAUAACCUAGAAAUGCGUCUUCGGGAGCUGGAGAGUCGUAUUUACGGGGAGAGAAGAAACAAAAGUGGAAAACCCGUCAAGUGCGCUGAGUCUCUGGCCAGGAUUCAGGCUGGUCUGACCAAUACGGCCAACAAGAGAGAACGAGUGAAGAUCCUGCACAAGAAGAUUGAGGACCUGCUGAAGUACCUGGACCCCCAGUUCACGGACCACAUCUCUGUACCUGACGCCAUGAAGCUGGAGUUCAUUCUUGCUGAGGAGGACUUCCUGCUUUCCCAGGCUGCUUUGCUGGAGCAGAUCAGCAACACGCAGCCACUGCUGGACAGCACCUACAUCCGAGAUGUACCGGAGCACGCCACCAAGCUGCAGCGCCUGUCCCAGAUUCACAUCAAGGAGCAGGACCAAACUGAGGCUCAGUCCCUGGAAGUGAAGAAGCUUUUUGAGGAAUACAACAAAAUGAUGUUCCUGCUGUCCAAGCAGUUCACCCAGUGGGAUGAGACCCUGAGGAAGCUGGAGGAGGCCAAGGGCAUUCGGCCCGUGGAGUAGCUCCUGUCAUCAUACUGAUGAGGAUGGUGGUGAUGAUGAAGAAGAAGAAGAAGACUGCGCCGUGGUGGGAGCUUUAGAGAAGACGCGUGUUCCAUGUGAUGCUUGUUCUUCCACGAUAAGUCAAACAAAAGUGAAACAAAAGGAUUGCGACGUUUAACUUGCAUGUUCAACUGCUUAUCAUUUUGCCAACAUUGAGUUGAAUCGGGUGAUAUAACAUCGAUGAAUUACCCCCACACCAUGAUAUUGAUGUUGGUUCCCAACCAUUCUCCAACCAAUCUUAUUUAAUAAAAUCUUCACUAGGAAUGGAGCAAACGUAAAACCGUACAGGAACUCGGUCUCAUGUGACAGUUCAUCAGUCGUUUCAUCACGUGACCUGUGGUUCAGACAGCUCGGAGAUGCUGCUUUUAUUUAUUUUCAGACAAAAGAGCUUUUUAUGUUUGCAUAUAUCGACUCAACUUGUAACACAUUCCAACACUGCUUCCCUACUGCAGGACAGUCACAAGUAUUGUUGUUCUGCCCUUUACCCAUUCUCUCUCUCCCCCUUUCUCUCUCUCUCUCUCUCUCACACACACAGACACACACAUAUUCUCUUCAAGGCUUAGGGUUAUGUCUUCUGAAGUGAUUUGUAAAAACUGAAAAUAGCUUAAUUAUUUUUUCCUAUCUUUUCUGGAUUUAAAAUGUUCUGUAUGUCUCCUGUCAUACUGCGGGUAACACAAUAAAUAUUACUUUUUUCUUUCACUCCUCCUGUGUGUGCGAUGUGCUGUAUGUCACAGUAUAUGUAAACUGUUAUAAACCACAGACAGAUGUAGCCUACAUAUAUAGCCUUGUAGUCUCAAACCAGUUCUUUUUUCACAGCAACAAAGUGUCCCUGAGAAACACACCGAAACUUCUAUUGACUCACUAAAUCAUUUUGGAAAGCAUUAUAAAAGUGCAGGAUUAGGGAGUAAGAAUGUCAAAAAUGUAA